AUGGAGCUCCAAGGCUCCUUGAAGAGAAAGUUGGUGGUUAAUCUGUCACCUGUCAACAACAAGAGGCCCAAUGGUGUUUCAGAGAGCUCUUUCCUUGACAUUAAGAGGAUAAGAGUGGGUGACAAUAUUGCAGUGGGACAAGGUGGACAACAUGUUAACAAUUGCCAAAGCCAGUCAAUGUCAGGAACUAUGACUGUGGGGCAAGGAUCACAAAGAAAAGCCAGCAGCCUAACAAACAAUACACAUGCUAGUGGGAAUGGCAUGUUUAACAUGACUUUGAAAGAGGUAAAGAAAGAACCAGGAGAAACAAUGUCCUGCAGCAAACACUUAGACGGCCAGACAUCCCAUGAGACCAUGUUCCCUAACAGAUAUGGGGAAGACUCCUGGGACCAAAUGAUGGAUCUUGAGCUUCAGGAACUGUUUAAUGAAUUGACUAAUAUAUCAGUGCCACCAAUGAGUGAUCUUGAGCUAGAGAAUAUGAUAAAUGCCACGAUAAAACAAGACGAGCCAUUCAACAUUGACCUUGGGCAGCAGAGCCAGAGGGGCCCUGUGAGAUCUCUGCAGAUGGAUAAGAUGGUGAUAAAAAGUGAAUAUGCACCAGGCAUGAAUCAGGCUCCUGUGGGCUCCCCACAGAUGAGGCCUUCUUCUACAGGUUCAGCCUUCACUAUGGCCACCACUGCCAUGUCCACCUCUUCACCCAUCCCCUCGGUGCCUCAGAAUCAAACACAGGUAUCACAGGUUUCUUCUGCGUCCAGUCGGCCAUUGCCCAACUGGCAAGAGGUGUCUCAUGCACAGCAGCUCAAACAGAUCGCAGCCAACCGGCAGCAGCAUGCCUUGAUUCAGCAGCAACAGCAGCAGCAGAACCAGACAGCCAACUGGUCCACGCUGUCUCCAUCAGGACCUUCCCCUGGACCCUUUGUGCAAGAGAAAAUCCCCAGUCCUUCUUUUCGCCAGCAGCAGUUCAGCCCACAAAGCUCAGCAAUUCUUGGGGUACCAGUGAAUGGAAACCAGUCAAAAGGGAUGAACAGCUAUGUUUAUAAACCAACCACUCCCCAGAGCAAUCCAAUGGAUAUAAUCAUGCAACAAAAGCCUCAGGACCUCAACAGGAACUUUAUUAACAGCUCUCAGCCACCUCUAGAGCAACAUCAUGGCAACACAAAGCCUUUGUUUCACUUUAACUCAGAGCAAACAAACCAGCAGAUGCCUUCAGUUUUGGGUUCCCAAAACAAGCCUGCCCUUCUGCACUACACCCAGCAGGCACAGGGUUCAACUUCCAUGCAACAGCCACAGCAACAGCAGCAGCAACAACAACAGCCACAGUCACAACCUGCUCAACCUCUCCCAAACCAGUCUCUUCAGAGGCCGCCUAAUGUAACCCUAGCAAUGCAGCAAAAAAUGAUGCUUCAGAAAAUGCAGCAAAGCCAGCAAAUCUCAGGUUUGCAGUAUCCAGUCUCUCAGCAGCAUAGACAGGAUCAACACUCUGUGGUAGGCCAGGGAGCUGGCCCCACUCCAAGCUCCAGUUCUUGCUCAAAUCCAAACACUGGAAGUGGUUACAUGAACUCAUCCCAGCAAUCAUUGUUGAAUCAGCAGCUGAUGGAAAAGAAACAGGCUCUGCAACGGCAAAUGAUGGAGCAAAAACAACUCCUUCUACAGCAGCAGAUGUUGGCAGAAGCUGAGAAAAUAACUCCACAAGAUCAGCUGAACAGACACUUGACACGUCCACCACCAGAUUAUAAAGACCAAAGAAGGAACGUGGUCAACAUGCAACAAGCAAACCAAUAUCCUGGUGGUUCGGCAGCUGCGAGCAUGAGCUCCAACAACAUGUCCUUAUCCAACCCAAUUUCAACGCACAGCCUCAUGCCCCAGAGCUCCAGUCUCAUGUCCACCACCGCUGGAAGCCGAAUGCCUUCUGUUCCUGCUGCUCGGAAUAUGGGUUGCUAUGGGAAUCUUCCCUGCAACCAACCAAGUGCAUACAACAUGACUUCAGGAAUGAAUCAAAUGCAGCCACACAGAAACCAAAAUCAGGUUCUGCCCAGUCAGAAUAACCCCAUGGUGUCCCGACAGCAAACCAUGACACAGGGAAACAAUGUGACAGCUUUUGGGACAGGGUCAGUGGUCAACACUCAGCAAAUAAGGCCAAGCUUGAACCAUGGAGCAACAGGUAUCCCUGCUCAACGGCCAGCCAAUGUGAUGAUCACAGCUACUGCCACUGCCCAGAACUGGGCCCCACAAGAAGCUGCAGUGAAGCAGCAGGAUGCACUGAAGCCUGCAGGGGUCCGUUUCCCCACUGGCACUCCAUAUCCUAACCAGUCUUUGCAACGCAAUGUAGGCAACCAGCAUUUUCCUCAGCGUGCACUGGCACCUCCUAACCAGUUAACAGCGGGAGUCCAAAUGAGGCCCCCUCUAAACCCAAUGCACCAGACUCUAAAUGGACAACCUGCUGGCUCACUACGAGGGCUCAGCAUAAGACCUAACCAGCUAAGAGGACAGACGAUGCCUACCUUGAAUCAGCCAGGAACAAGUAUGACACCGCCAUCAUCUCUGCCAUCAACCAGUUUCACAUCUACCAACCAAAACUCUAGGGGUUACCAAGGAGGUGAUCAUAAUAAUGACCUAGCAUUUGACUUUCUAAACCAGCAAGGUGACAGUAUAGGACCUGCGCUCAACAGUGACUCGGACUUCAUAGAUUCUUUACUGAAAACAGAACCUGGUAAUGAUGACUGGAUGAAAGACAUCAACCUCGACGAAAUUCUAGGGAACCACUCAUAAGUGACAGUACUGACAGGGAAUCAGAUGAAGAGGCAGCAAGGACAUUAGCUUUCUCUUUAGAUGCCAACAACCUGCUUUAUUAAUUUACACUCCAGUAACUGGGCUGUUCUUUAAAAUACCACAUAGGGCAACUGCCCUCUUUGAAGAGUUGCUCUAGGAACAAAAUUGAAGUCACCCCAGAUGAAGUGAUAGCAUAAGUGAUAUUCCUGCCUGUCACAAAGGAGUGAGAAUGCAUGAAGGGUCUGCUCCCCACACCAGGGCCCAGAGCAUUGCAGACUCAUCAGUUCUUCUCACAGGGACUGUGGGGAAAAACAUGUUUAGCUUCCCACACAUGGAAGCACCAGACAGUGGUAUGGGUUGUGGAACAACAUUUCUCUGAGUGCAAGUAAGAGCCUAAGUGGUCCAGAGUUCUUCAGUCAUCAUGUUCACAGCCCUUAACUUCCUUGGGACUGCAGCCCUGACAGCAUCAAGCCCUGUGUAAAUCUCAUGGCAUCACAAAAACUGUUUACUUCUGCUCCGUACAAACUCACAUUUGCUUUCUCAAUGAUUUUAUUAUAAACCCUCUAUCUUUUGUAGCACACAACAGGGUAAGUGGUCUUAUCCAAGAGAAGAAGGAAGCAGAUCUUCCAACACGUUACUCAGUGUGCUCUAGCAUUUGCAUUCUCCCUUUCAUCAGUGCUUGCAGUGACUAUCAGAGGACGCUACUGUCCUGCCAGUAACACAGUCAUUUUGGGCAUUGAGGGAAAUACGAGAUGAACUAUUACCAAAGCUCAGGAUCCUCACUUUGCUACCUUGCCCUACCCCAGGGACUCCAGUGACUUAAUGGAGAACUUGAGUGAGAAGGGUGCUUACGAUUUGACCCUCACUGACUACUUUCCCAGUCCAGCUUAGAGGAGGGUAAAUGCUCAGCUAAGCCACUGUGCUCAUUUUCAUCUAAACCCAUAGUGAGUGUCAGUUAGUUCAGCCCAGUCCUCUUCUAUCAAGCAGGUUUACCCCAGAAGAAAUGCCAUCGUUUUUGUCUGGGGAGAGGCUGUCAUUUUGAUUGCACUGCAUUUUGGCUCCAUCCUGGUUUUCCUUUGCUAUACAGGGAGAGUUGAAAGAGUUCCAGUGAUGGCCAAGGUCCCCACAGCCUCCACUGGGUGGAGUAUGAAAGACUCUGCCCCUGAAACUAGCAUGCAUAUCAAUUAUAGCUCACAGUAGGAGGCUCCGCUCAGCCACAUCUGUGCUUGUAGAUGAAACAGUUCGGGGGAAUAUUUUUGGGCACUGGACUAAAUCAUCUGUUCUGCGUUUGGUGAUGGCCCAGCUAACACUGCCCUGAGCAAUUUCUGUGCAUCACUAGGAAGAUAUCCUGGGGCAAGGACCAUUUCCAUAGGCAGUUUGGAGCCACCUUGCCUUGAAGGCUAACAGAGCAGAGCAAUAAGCAUACAGGCAAUUCCAUACCUACCAAGGAACAGUCUCAACUGUGUUAAAUUUUUUGCUAUAGACUUGGUCAGUAAGGACAUUAGAAGGAUAUGCUAUGUCACUAUAAAGCAGCUCCACAGUGAUUCAGACAGGAUUCAUGGAUGGGAACAGAUCUUGCAAUUCAAAUGAAAAUACUGUUCUUUAAAAUGAUGUGGUGCGACGUGUUUCACAGCCUCCUCUGAAUUAGCUAAAACUAGAUGUGGCAAAGGAAUACAAUGCCUACGUUUGCAUGCCUUGGUGCCAAGAGGCAUUGCUCUGCCUGUGCAAGUGCUUUAUUCAUCCUUGUUAGUAGCAGUGGGAUGAGGAGACUAUUUGACAAUAGCCUCUGCACUUAUCUGACCUAUUUCUUGAGAGAGGUUUUAAUAAGGCUUUUCCAGUCAGCUCACCCUGUCAUUUCAAAUGGCAUUCAUUCAAAUGGGCACUUCAAAUUUUUCAAGAUGUUUCAAGAAGCACCAUCACACAAAUGAGCACUAGCACCUCCAGGAAAGGUGUAACAUGGGCAUUUAGUUAGACAUGCCAGUUGAGGCUGUUCAUUCCCAGAAAUGUUUGUCAUUAAGAGGGACAAGAAAGCCUGCUGCAGAAUCCAUUCUGCCACCCCAGCUAGUGAUCCUUGCACACCCCUGCACUGUGUAACAUGGUCACUCAGCUGCCCAGAAAGCUCCCUCUUCUCCCCAGUUUUGGCUGGGGUGCACGUGGUCCCUUUGAUAUAUCAGUACAAAUUUUUCCAAGUCCUUGAAGAGCUUUUCAGCUCAGGUCACUGGGGUCCCACCUAAGUUUGGAGAGAUACAAAUGCAAUCUAACAAAUGUGUCCCCUAUAAGUCAUGCAAAACUAGACUGAAAUAGAAGCUACAUGAGUUUGAAGCAGAAGGAAGAUUGGCUCAUCUGCCUCACACACGGGCACAUACCCCAUCUACAAGGGUCAACAGUGACCGGCAGCGCUCUGGUAGGAACAGACGACUGCGAUGGAUGCCACUAAGGCCGAGGCUGAGUUAGUAUCACCAUGAGCAAUGGUGACUGAAGUCUGGUAACUUCAACUACCCUCACACACCAUUGAAAAAGCCACCACUGGUUCCUGUAUUAAGAGCAGACUGUUUUCCAGAUCCUAAAAUGGUGUAAAAAAAUUGUUCAUCUGAGGAGCUGAUCCCAAGGAGUCAGGAGUUGGACUCAGUGAUUCUUGUGGGUCUCUUCCAACUCAGGAUAGUCUAUGAUUCUGUGAUACCAUGUGGUGGUGGAUUCAAUGCUGAGUGUUUUCUUGUUGGCCUCAGCCGAGAGUGGAAAAGACACUGGGCUGUGAGUGCCAUACCUGGGAGCAAAAUUUCAUCCUGUCUUAAGUAAAUUCAAAAACGGUAGAGGCCACGUCCAGUCCUGUAAAUAUAAGCCUGAUGCAUUUGAAAUGCAAGCUUGUAAAGACUUUUGCAACCAAAACUUGAAUCCAGUAUCAUUUCUUCAGAACACUUGUAUCUGAAUGGAGCUAGUGUCUUUUUUCUCUUUCUUUGCAAUGGCUAAGUGCACUACCCUUAUAGUCUAUUUUUCAUCAUUGACCGGGCACUCUUCACAGUAUUGGGUUGUAAAUAUAAAGAAUUAUUUGUUUUGUAAACUUUUGUAAAAACAACAACAAAAAGUAAUAAUAUUUUGGUAGGAAUAAUAAAAAUCAUAUUAUUUGGGUUAUAUUUAUACAUAUGUGAAAUAAAUAUACUAUCACAAAGUUGUAUUUUAUACAAAAAGUCAACGGUUACCUUUUGUAUUCUAUAUACAAAGUUUUGUAUGAUACAAUUGUUUAUUUUUAUCUGCAGACUUCAACUUUGGGUUUUGGGGGAGGGCAGAAUGGGAUCAUGGUUAAAUAGCUGGGUCUGACCCCAAGCUCACUGAAAUCGAUGGAGUCUUUCCAUUGCCUUCACAGGGCUUUGAAUGAAGCCUUUAAAUAACCUUCAGAUAGGUUUGACAUCUGAAGCUGUCUGGAAACCUCAAUAUGAAAACAUUCCAGGUUUCAAAUUUUUUCCCUGAAAAAGGCUUUUAUUAUUAUUAUUAUUGUUAUUGUUAUUAUUGUUAUUGCAGCUGUUGGGAUGCAGGUGGGACCUAUGUAACUGUCAUGUCCUUGUUGCAUGUAUGUCUGCUUUAUAUUUUCCCCAUAUUAUAAACCAGUGUUUCUCUAUACAGACUGAAAAGAUGCUGUACAGAAAUGUUUGUGUUUAUGCAUUUUUACAUGUGGCUGUAUAUACCUCCUAGUACUAUGCAGUGACACUUAUUUGACUUCAUUUAUUUUUCACCUAAACAUGAAUAGUAUGUUUUUCAGUAGCUAUCAAAACUCUGCCAAUAAAUCAAUCAAAAUUA